AUGACGGAACCAGAGCGCUCAUAUGUUUCUCGAUUCUUUUCCUCUCAAUUUUCGCGACUUCCAUAUCCGACACAGGACUUCAGGGAUGCCGUGGUUCUAGUGACCGGAGGCAAUACUGGUCUCGGUCUGGAGGCAGCACGGCACUUUGUGCGGCUACAGGCUGCCACUGUCCUCCUGGCUGUGCGUGAUGUGCAGAAAGGACAGAGGGCGAAAGAAUCGAUUGAAGCCACUACUCAGAUUCAAGGCGUGGUUGAGGUGUGGCCGCUGGAUCUGGAGGACAUCCAGAGCGUCCAAAGCCUGACAGCUAAGGCAGCUGGCCUUCCUCGUCUGGACGUGGUGGUGGCAAAUGCCGGCAUCUCGACCAGCGAAUGGACUCUCAUUGGCGGAACAGAGCGAUCCAUCCAGGUAAAUGUCCUCUCGACAUUCCUGUUGGUGGUCUCUCUCCUCCCCAAACUGCAGGACACAGCUAUACAGAACCAUGUCCGUCCCCGUGUUGUGGUGGUGUCGAGCGAAGGCCACGAGACGACCGAGUUUCGAGAGCAGAACGCCGAUCGGAUCUUCGACGCUCUCAAGGAUAAGACUAAGUCGAAUAUGGAUGAGCGUUACGAUACGUCCAAGCUCGUCCAGUUGUACCUGGUGCGCGCGCUUGCCGAGCACUUGAGCCAAUCCACCAAGCCUGCAGUGACAAUCAACGCAGUGUCUCCGGGACUCUGCAAGACAGGGCUACUUCGUGAGACGGCACUCGCCUCUCGAAUCCUGAUUAGCCCAAUCAAGGCAGUGCUUGCUCGCAGUUCAGAGGAGGGGAGUCGUACGUUAGUCCACGCCGCAGGGCCUGGCAAUGGCGAGACUCAUGGGAAGUACUUGCGGGACUGCAAAGUGACCGAACCUGCAGCUGCGGUACGCAGUGAGCAAGGCCACGCGACGCAGGAGAGGUUGUUCAAAGAGCUGUUAGAAGAACUGGAGAAGGUUUCCCCUGGCAUACGGGGUAAUCUGUAA